AUGUCGGAGCACGUGCUUCUUCACUUUUCGCAGAAGAACACAUUCCUUGAUGUUCGCCCUGUCGAGGAUGUUCCCCCGGUUGAACGGAAGAAGUCGUGGAGCCCUGGCGACCUGUGGCCUGCGGGAUUUACCUUCGCCCAGGAGGUCGGUGAGUGUGCCCAGGUUGCUCAGAACCAGCCUGAGAUCAGUGAACAAGAUCAAGGCCAUCAAGGCCAUCAAGGCCAUCAAGGCCAUCAAGGCCAUCAAGGGCCUGGUGCCAAGAUGCUGGCGAAACAUCGCACGGGCAGGUGCAAAGCCUGUGUGUUUUUUGCGAGCAACCAUGGAUGCCCGGAUGCAGAAUGUAGUUUCUGCCACUUGGCUCACCCGCCCCCACCGAAGCAGCGACCACAAAAGCUGCUGCGGGAAGAGUUGAGAGCAGCGGUCGAGACGGUCAUUCGGCAAAACGAGGACCAGCAAGACUUGCGCCUGGCCCUGAAACGCUUGGCACUGCAGCACCCGUACCUGUUCCGGUACAUCAUCGGGCAGACGGACACGUAUUCGCAGCGCAUCGUUUCAACUAGUCGCGAGCUUGAUUGA